GUCGCCCCCAGUCCAACCCGCACACUCCACGAUGGCCUCGAAACUGGUACCAUUCGCCUGCCGCAGCACCUCGCGUGCCCUGCGUGUUCAGCGCCCCCAAUGGCGCGCUUUCAGCGUUUCCCGACCUGCGCGAAGCGACAACCUCAUGAUUCACCGCGACACACCAGAGAACAACCCGUCGAUUCCCUUCAAGUUCACCGAACAGAAUGAGCAGCUCAUCAAGGAGAUUGUCUCGCGAUACCCCUCCAACUACAAGAAGGCCGCCGUCAUGCCCCUUCUCGAUCUCGGACAGCGACAGCACGGAUUCACCAGCAUCAGCGUCAUGAACGAGGUUGCGCGGAUAUUGGAGAUGCCUCCUAUGCGUGUAUACGAGGUUGCGACCUUCUACACCAUGUACAACAGGACCCCUGUGGGCAAGUACCACGUCCAGGUCUGCACAACGACUCCCUGCAUGCUCCGAAACAGCGACUCCGUCAUGAAGGCCUGCGAGGACACCCUGGGCAUCCACCAUGGCCAGACCAGCAAGGAUGGCCUUUUCACCAUGACAGAGGUCGAAUGCCUUGGCGCCUGCGCAAACGCCCCCAUGAUCCAGAUCAAUGACGACUUCUACGAGGACCUGACCUACGAGACCACUCAAUCGCUGCUCAACGCCCUCAAGCACGCUACCGAGACCACCGGUGCACAGCCCGGCGGUCCCGGUCUUGCCAGCGGAAGCGGCGCGGACCAGGGCAGCAAGGGCGAGGCUGCGCUCAACUCGCAGGGCCGAGGAUACGCGGCUGGAGGCGUCAAGGUCCCAUCUCCCGGUCCCUUGAGCGGAAGGAAGAGCUGUGAGCCGGCUGGCGGUUUGACAACGCUGAAUGGCGAGUUCUGGGGCAACGAGACUUUGAGGAAGGAUGGUGCUCUUUAACUGAGCGUGUAGACAUGUGUGCUUGUCUCUUUUCUCGGGAUCUGAAGUCAUUGCACCAGGUGGCUGAUCGCUCAAUGGCUCUGUAGAUUACUCAAUACCAUUUCCUUCAAGUCAACG